AUGACCCAAUCAUCGCCCCCAAGCUUGAAACUAGAACCUCCACUGCUAUACAGCGACCACACCCUCGAUUGCCGUAGACUGGCGCGUCAGGUGAGGAACUUCAUGAAAGAUCCUUUGCCUGAUAUUAGUCUACCACUUGAGCCUUAUGACGUGGAGCAAGGACAAGGCUUGGAGUUCCCAAGGGCUCUGGUUGAGGCAGACAAGGAGCAAACGAAAUCAGUGGAGAAUGAGAAGCUAAAUGUAACCAGAGAUAUUCUCUGGUAUAUCUCACAAACUAUCAAGUCCGACUGGACUGAAGAAAACCAACAACAGCUUUACGAAAGUGCUGCAGGCUAUCCUGGGCUCUGGGCGCGCAGACCAAUGACUCCUCCGUUGAGUCCAAUGUUUGAGCAAUUUGAGCAAUACUUCGUUCCGGAUGACGAUACCUGCCAGAUCCCAGUGCCUUCGGAUCCCAGUUCAAGAUUGAGUCAAGAAAUCGAGGGUGCUGAAGCCAGAAUACUGAUUCCCGAUGCCGAGUUUUGGGCCCAAGCGCUUGAGAACGACGUGUUCAAAGAAUGUGAGGAUGACAUCGAUAUCUCGAAGAUGAUAAAGAAUGGGGAGCUCUCUGUUUCGCUCGAAGUUUCUUCCCCGCUGGUAGCUUCGAGAGAUAUGAAGAUUGAUGUCCCAUUACUGCCUAGCUAUGACGACGCCAAUGCUUCGACCGCGAUUCCGUUACUGGACUCGAGCGAGCUGGCGCCGGCUACAGCGUUGAUUACAAGCGGCGAUAUCACAUCUGAAUCAGAGGGACCGACUGGCCAACUGGUGAAGCUUUUCCUCGAGAGUGAGGAGAAAAUGACGAGGGGGGCAGAACAGGAGAAGCCCCAGCCACUUGACCCUACGGUCAGAGUUACUGUUCCUGUCAUGGACUUUUCCAUUCCGGCUUCCGAGUGGGAACUGAAUCUCUGGAAUGCGAUAACAGUGUUCCGAUGGAUUCGCGAGAAUACGCCGGUAGACUGGCAAGGAGUAAAGUGGACUUACAGCCGUGCAGCUGAGCAGAGAAUGGUUUGGGCACCUAUCGCUCAUCUGAAGGAGAUGAAACCGCUCGAAGAAAAGAUUGAUGAAGACCCUAGGUUACUCGGGGACUUCUUCUCGCCAAUCCCGGAUGAUGAUAUUCCUCAUAGUGAGGAUUAUGUCUACAAAACCCCAGGUUUGGCGAUCUUCCAGGUCAACGAGUAUGAUGAUGAUCAGGAUGAUUAUCUCACUCUGCAAAACUCUCCCAAGAAACCACAAUCAACGCUAUUUGCACUAGAUGAUCAACCUCUGAGUCUCUCCUCCCCAGCUAACACAUCAUAUCACUGUGCGUUUAAUGACUGGCACAAUUCCCCUGAUCUCAUGGUCCUCCUGGAUAUCAAACAGCGACAAAUCAGUGAAAAAAUCCAAAAGAAGCAGCCAACCAAGAGACUGAGGGCUGAAGAGGAGAAUCAGACUGACACCGACGCCUUCAGCUCAGAGUUGAUUCCUUCCACAAACGUCUUGAAGGGAGUCAUGGCCGAAUAUACGGAUUUCUCCUCCCUUGUAGAUAACUUUCUCGACAUGAACUUCCCAAAGAGGCCGAAACUCACUCAUAGUUCUUAUUUCCAGAAACAAGACACGUUCAAAAAAGCCCAGCCUACCUUUAACUCUAGCCCUCAAACAUCAGCCUCUGCUUCAACACCCACUCCAGCACUUGCGCCGACUGUUGUUUUACCAGAUACUCCACCACGAGUUGUUGUCUCCUCUACUGUUUCCAUGAUGGUCCUGAACCACCUAAAACAAGACCGGUGCCCAUCCAUCAAGGAGCAAACAGCAUGGUAG